UAUGAAAACGCAACCGUUGGAGCAGGCAGCUUCAGCAGAAGCGGAUCUCUCCAACCUCCACCGCCGAUAGAUGGAUAAAAGCCACGCCACAGCUCUUCCUGAGUCUCAACGGUGAAGAGAAUGUCCCAGAAACCCUGGAUAGAAAGCACUUUCACCAAGCGGGAAUGUGUGUACAUACUUCCAGUGUCAAAGGACCCCCACAGAUGCCUUCCAGGAUGCCAGAUUUGCCAACAGCUAGUCCGAUGCUGCUGUGGACGGCUGGUGCGGCAGCAUGUUGGCUUUACAGCCAGCUUGGCCCCGAAGUACUCGGACGUGAGGCUGGGUGAAAACCCCAACCUGUCCAUGCCCGAGCUGGAGGAGUGGUCGGUGGAAAAACACACAGAGGCGAGUCCCACUGAUGCCUACGGUGUAAUCAAUUUCCAGGGAGGGUCUCACUCAUACAGAGCCAAGUAUGUUCGUUUGGCCCACGACUCGCCGCCAGAGAGCAUCCUGCGGCUGAUGCUGAAGGAGUGGCAUAUGGAGCUUCCUAAGAUCCUCAUCUCUGUCCACGGAGGAGUUCAGAACUUUGAGCUGCACCCACGCCUCAAGCAGGUGGUAGGCAAGGGCCUCAUCAAAGCUGCAGUCACUACCGGGGCCUGGAUACUCACCGGAGGGGUCAACACAGGUGUGGCUAAGCAUGUGGGAGACGCUCUCAAAGAACACUGUUCAAGAUCAUCAAAGAAAAUUUGCGCUAUUGGGAUCGCAUCCUGGGGAGUCAUUGAAAACAGGAACGAUCUCAUUGGCAGAGACAUUGUUGCUCCGUAUCAGACGCUGCUGAACCCUCUAAGCAAACUAAACGUUCUCAACAAUCUGCAUUCCCAUUUCCUCCUGGUGGAUGAUGGGACAGUAGGCAAGUACGGCGCUGAGGUCCAACUGCGGCGGGACCUGGAAAAGCACAUCAACCUCCAAAGAAUACACGCACGAAUUGGUCAGGGUGUUCCUGUUGUGGCCCUGAUAAUUCAAGGGGGUCCCAAUGUGAUCCUGACUGUGCUAGACUACCUUCAGAAGAGCCCUCCUGUCCCAGUGGUGGUGUGUGAGGGGACCGGCCGUGCUGCUGACAUACUGGCCUAUGUCCACAAGCAGACUGAAGAGGGAGGUAGUCUUCCUGAUGGAGUGGAGACUGACAUCAUCGCAACCAUCAAGAAAACCUUUAACUUCAGCCACAGUGAUGCCAUCCAUCUCUUUCAGACUCUGAUGGAGUGCAUGAAGAGCAAAGAAUUGAUCACUGUGUUUCACAUCAGCUCCGAGGAGCACCAGGACAUUGACGUAGCCAUUCUGAGGGCUUUACUCCAAGGUACAAAUGCAUCUGCCUUUGAUCAGUUGGUCCUGACACUGGCCUGGAACCGGGUAGACAUUGCCAAGAAUCAUGUGUUUGUGUACGGACAGCAGCUUCUGGUGAGCUCCUUGGAGCAAGCAAUGCUGGAUGCACUCGUGAUGGACAGGGUGGAUUUCGUCAAGUUGCUCAUAGAAAACGGUGUGAACAUGCACCGUUUCCUGACAAUCAGUCGGCUAGAGGAGCUCUACAACACGAAACAACCUCCCAACAACCCAACUCUUCUCCACCUGGUUAGAGAUGUUAAACAGAGUCAUCUGCCCCCAAGCUAUAAGAUCACUUUGAUUGAUGUGGGCCUGGUUAUUGAGUACCUGAUGGGCGGGACUUACAGGUGCAGCUACACCAAGAAACGCUUCCGAAAUAUUUACAAAAUUCUCCACGGCAACAAUAGAAGGUCGGGGCGCCAUGCAGCAGGUCCUGGUUCUCAUUUGAGGAAAAGUCACGAGUCUUUUAACAUGCAGGCUGACAAGCAGGAGAAAACGAGGCACAACCACUUCAUCAAAACUGCACAGCCAUACAAACCUAAGCUUGAGUCUUCCAUCGAGCAGAACAAAAAGAGAAGCAAAGAAGAGAUUGUGGACAUAGAUGACCCAGAGACAAGGCGGUUUCCCUACCCUUUUAAUGAGUUGUUGGUGUGGGCCGUGCUGAUGAAGAGGCAGAAAAUGUCACUCUUCUUCUGGCAGCAUGGCGAGGAGAACAUGGCAAAGGCACUGGUGGCCUGUAAGCUUUGCCGAUCCAUGGGCUACGAGGCCAAGAAGAGUGACGUGGUGGACAACACCUCAGAGAAGCUCAAGGAGUACUCAAUUGAGUUUGGGACGUUAGCAGUGGACCUGCUGGAGGAGUCGUUCAGGCAGGAUGAGACCAUGGCCAUGAAGCUGCUCACCAAUGAGCUGAAGAACUGGAGCAACUCCACAUGUUUGAAGUUGGCCGUCUCCUCCCACCUACGGCCCUUUGUUGCUCAUACCUGCACCCAGUUGCUGCUGUCAGACAUGUGGAUGGGAAGGCUGAACAUGCGCAAGAACUCCUGGUACAAGGUGAUUCUGAGUAUGUUGGUACCUCCUGCCAUCCUACUGUUGGAGUACAAAUCUAAGGCUGAGAUGGCUCAUAUCCCUCAGAGUCAGGACGACCACCAGAUGACCAUGGAGGACAGCGAACACAACUCCCAGAACAUAGCUGAAGACAUCCAAAUGAAGGUGUUCCAGGAGGCCAGAUCCCACGACCAUGUGGAGGCAAAGAAUGACAUGGAGACACAUAUUCCUGCCAGGAAGCUUCCCUUAACCAAGAAAAUUUAUGCUUUCUACCAUGCUCCCAUUGUCAAGUUCUGGUCCAACACGCUAACCGCCAGCUGAGCUCAGAGAGCUCAGAGGCCUCUGUCAAAAUGGCAGACUAUUUACCCCUAACUCAAAGUGCCAUGAUGAGGUUUAACCCCAUUAGAGGGCCUCAACUGACCUUGUCUCAAAAUAUUUCAGAGAGUAGAAGCCCCUCUCGGGAACUGUCUGAAUUUAAAAAGCUCUUUGUCAACACAGGCCAGUCAUCUACAUUCAACAUAUCUUAUAGACAGUUUGUCUACAUUGUACACAUUUAUGACAUAGAUAGUU